CGGCUCCACCCAUGUGCCGACGAGCGCCUCCCGCCGCGGUUCCACGCCUGCCUGCCACGCCACGGCCUCCUCCUCCUCCUCCUCCUCCUCCUCCCCUUCCACUGGAAAGCCCUCACACGAGCCUACGUACGCCUCGGCUCUCCCCGCGCUGCGCUCUACGUGGCGAUCCACAUGUUCCGCCACGGCGCGCACCCCAAUCGCUGCACCUUCCCGCUCGCACUCAAGGCGGCAGCCCAGGUCGCGCCCCCCACCUCCAGCUUGCGCUGCCAGCUCCACGAUGCCGCCUGCAAGCGCGGCCUCGCGCGUCAUCCCUUCACCGAGAGCGCUCUCAUCAGCUGCUACGCCAAGGCUGGCGACCUGGAUGCCGCCCGCAGGGUGUUCGACGAAAAUCCUCACCGGGGACUCGGUUCAUGGAACGCCAUCAUAAGCGGCCUCAGAGACCUUCCAGGGAGGGUAUAAGGGAGAAUUCCUCUCAAGGAUGUGUCGUCGUGGACAACCAUAAUUACAGGACUUGCAACAUGGUGAGGAGCAGCAUGCACUAAUCAUGUUUGAUGAAAUGAGGAGUGACCGGUGCCACCAAACAGUGUGACGAUGUUGGCAGUGCUCUCUGCUUGCUCAAACAGGGAGCCGGUAGAUGCUGGGAUGGGCUUGCUGAAGCAAAUGGAAUAUGGGAAGAUUAAGGUAGUACCAACUGUUGAACACUACAGGUGUGUGGUUGAUAUGCUUGGUAGAGUUGGUUUGGUGGAUGAGGAGCGUGCCUUGGUGGAGCACAGAAUGCUGACGGAGGCAAAUGUGGUGAUAUGGGGAACAUUGCUUGGUGCAUGUGAGAAGCGCUGCAAUGUGAAUGUUGGCAAGUGGGCGGCGGAGCAACUACUAGCGGCUGUGCCAUGGAAUGACGGGGUUUAGGUCCAACAUAUGCGUUGCUACUGGAAUCUGGGGUGAGGUAGAGAUGGUGAGGAAGAUGAUAUCGGAGAGAAAGUUACGAAGUUCCCAGGCUGCAGCCUAUAGCUCUGUAAAAUGGCCGCCAUUGAACUACUAAAGGUCUGCUCCUUGCUUCACUCAUGCUUGUUCAAUACCUAGUUCUCCAAUCUCGUUCUUAAAAUCAUGAUGGAAACUCAUUUGCAGAUACGGUCGUUGCCGUAGUUUCUCGAUGACUGUUUUGAUCGCUUCGCUUUUUCUUUUUUUCAUUUUCCUUGCUUAGGCACAAUUUUGGUCUUGUAUGACUUUGCUCUUUGCUGGCGUGUUUCUUUGAGUGUGUGUGUGUGCGUUGGUGUUGUCUAUGUGCAUCCUAGUUAUGAAGAGGCCGGGUAUGCACUCAUUGUGUUUAUAUCUCCUGGAUGCUUCGUUAUGAGUCAAUAAAAUCCACACUUUGUUAAAAAAUCGUUUUCUCUUUGUUGUUUUGACACCCACCGCAGAUCUGAUGGAUGACACAUCAAAAUUACCAGUCUGAUUAAGUAGAAUAUGACUAGCAGACCAGGCAAGAUUGCAGCAAGUUAAGACUCAUUGACUAAUUCUUUAAAUGAUCUAUUUUAGUUGAGAGACGUUUGGUUUUGUUGUGGGCGAAGAAUUAUUAAGUUUAUACUAGCAUGUCAACUUUUUUGACAAGUUAUUGCUAGUCCAUCCUGUGAUAAAGCUUUUAGCAACACUAAAGAUCUUCCAUGAAAACUGACGCUCACUUCUGCCUUAAAGAACCAUACUCCAAAUCAGUCUUAAGGUAGGCUUACCUAAUGAUUUGGACUACCGUAUUGUAUCCCAAAUAACUAACCCAUGUGACUGCAAAUUUUUAGUCUUACUAAUUCUGCCUUCUCCCUUCAGUCCACUGCAUUUGGUAGAAUAUGCAGAUUCCCACGAAUCUUUGGAGAGAAAAGAAAAGAUUCCCACGCAAUUGCUUUGUUAUUGCAAUAACUAUAGCACUCAGCACUAUUCUUAAUGCACAAAAUACACAUCCUGGUGACACUUGGCGAUAACUGCAGUUGUCAGCUAAAAUCUUAUCCUAGUGAUAGGCUAGCAAACAACUUACUGGUCUUGGGUAGCUCGCAAACCGUGCUGCUUUUGUCAUAGCAUGGUGACAGCAAGUACACAAAAACACUCACGGGUGCAUCAUAUAUGCAUACAAAACAUGGGUUCUCAGCCAGAGACAUCUUUUUACUAGAAUCCUCCAAUUCCCCCUUCAGUUGCAUCACCAUGCUAAAAGGAAGCAUAGCCAAAAACUUCUAGGAUCACAAAACCACAACCAGGAGCAACAGGAAUGGGCUCCUUUGCUAAUGGCCAGAAUGGUUCGGAGCUUGGCAUCCAGAUGCCAGCCAUGGGGGGCAACGCGGUGCUGGAGUCUCCCACAACAUCUGUAGCACCAAGAUGUCCACGGCUGGACAUGGCCAUGGUGGCAACCAGAGCUGCAGCCCUGGUGAUGGCGCUCAUCUCAAUGUCGCUCAUGGUCUCCGCCAAGCAACGGGGUAGUCUCAUCAUCUUCGGCAUCGAGAUUCCACUAUCCUUGGUUGGGAUAUCUGCGGCAGCAGCUGCCUACUCCCUGGCACAACUUCUGUCGAUUGCAUACAAGGCCUUGAAGAAAGUCCCUGUGGUUCCAUCCAGGCGCUAUGCCUGGAUGCUGUUAGCUGGUGAUCAGGUCUUUGCGUAUGCGAUGCUGAGCGCGGGAUCAGCAGCAGCGGCGGUCGCAAAUUUGAACCGCACCGGAAUCCGGCACACGGCGCUUCCCAACUUCUGCAAGCCUUUGCCACGUUUCUGCGACUUAUCGGCAGCCUCGAUCGCGUGUGCCUUUCUCAGCUGCGCCUUCCUUGCGGCAUCCGCCGUAAUCGAUGUUAUCUGGCUGUCAAAUCUGUGAAAAUAUGAUAUAAGUACUACUCCCUCCACUCCGAUUUACUCGUCGUGGUUUUAGUUCUGCACUAAAACCACGACGAGUAAAUCGGAACGGAGGGAGUAGAUGGUGGCAAACUAGUACACUCCUUCGCAGGGUGCUGUGCCUUUAGGAUGAUGCACCGAACCUGAACCUGUAAAGUGUCCUGAAGUCAUGUGAGUUGGCUGCUUGUGCAAAUUGGAGCCCCCUCGGCGAAAUGGAAGGAUGUUGAUUUGCA